AAAAUCCGUAAUAUUUCAUCGACGCAACGUCGUUUGAAGUUGCCGCGGGUCCCUCGUCAUUCAGCUGGUAAGUGAGCAAGAGCACGUCGCGCGGUGUGCGCGAUAAGUAGCGCCUCUCUUCGGCGGGUAGCCGAAGCGACGUUGCGGCGAGCGCACGCUCGGGGCGCUCGCGCCGCAGAACGACGUCAGACGAUCAGCUGUACGCAUCGCGGCUACGUUUGUUUCUCGCGCGCGCGAGUGAAGUGUGUGGUGUCACAACAGAGCGUAUUGUUGCUCGUAAUCGCGCGCGAGUCCACACGGGGUCAUUGGCGAUAUUGUCGCGUCGCGUUGUGUCGUGUCGCACAGACGAGCAGCGCUCUCGACGAUCGUCGUCGAGCGCGGAGCCGAUCACGCGGCGGACGAGCAGGGACGCGAAUCAGCCGCUGCAGUGUAUUUCGACGGGCAGCGGGGCAUGACGGGAACAGGUGACAAUAGAGCCGCGCCAUGUUAGAUUUCACGAGAUCGCGAAACGCGCGCCGCUGCCGCCGCCGCUGCUGCUGCCGCCGCCGCCGCUGCCGCCGCUGCUGCUGCUGCUGCUGUUGCUGCCGCCGCUGCUGCUGCUGCUGCUACUAUUACCGCUAACUACUACCGUGCUGGCCAGUACCGUGUGGAAAGAGAAAGGGAAGGAGAGGAGAUUUACACUUUGUUUUCUCGGCUCUCGCGCGCACAGCUUUCCUCCUCACGACGGUGAUCCAUCCGAAAAUCAUCCAAGCUGGAUAGGUUACCCGAGUAUCUCCGCGAUACCGUGGACUGGUUUAUGGGGAGACUCAAGAUGCAUGAGCAGUCGAAUUGUCCACGCGAGCUGAACGAAUGUCAGUCCCGUUAAGCGCUCGACCGACCGUGCGUUCUCCGUUCGCACAAGUCACCCUUCGUACAAGUCCGUCGAAGACCAGAAGAACGGUCAUCGUGACUGUUCUCCAUCCGCUCGCUAACAACCGGAGGACCGCAAGGAGCGAUCCUCGAGGUGCGUGAAAGCAAUCCCGACGCGCUAUCUCGGGACGAGAAUUCCGUCCUCCAAGAGUCGAAGGAAGAGUCGCUCCCCACGUCGAGGUCGAGGUCGAAGUCGAGGUCGAGAGAAAGAGAGAAGAUUCGCGCGGGCGUUUUCGCGCGUAGAUCGACGAGUCCCGGACGAACGUCGUCCCGGCGUCCUCGGCUGGCCCGGCGUUCGAUGACAACUGAACAAGAUUUGGUGCUUACCCAGCGUGCGUGAGCGGAUCCUCGGGCACGAGGGCGGUGCGCCGAGGAGAUCGUCCUCAACCACGACGAUCACAACGUCGACGACGACGACGAUGCUGCGCUCACCGGCGCGCGGCGCCGUCACCGUCCUCCGGGAGCCCUUGUCCGCUUCCGCGUCCGCAUCCGCCGCCGCCGCGGCGGCCGCGGCGGCCGCGGUGGCCUCUUCGGCCACGACCGUCUCGGCGCCGCCGACGCCGGUUCAUCACGGCGCCGCCGAUGCCGGCGCCGGCAGCUCGAGCGCUUCCUCCUCGCGCCUCUCCCUGCUCGACACCUGCCACAGGAAGAUCAGGCUCUUCGGCGAACUAGUCGCAAAAGCCAGACGAAAGGAGAAGGAUGCGGGAACCACGGAGGAUCCGAAACUGUACCUGGAGGAGGCAGCCCUCGAGAGGCAGCUGCCGGAGUUGGACCUGAGGAUGCUCGUGGAUCUACCACCCGGCCUGGAUUACAACGAGUGGCUGGCAUCGCACACCCUCGCACUGUUUGACCACAUUAAUCUCGUCUACGGCACGAUAUCCGAGUUCUGCACCAUGACAGGUUGCCCCGACAUGACUGGUCCCGGCUUAAGAACGUAUCUGUGGUUCGACGAGAAGGGAAAAAAGACGAGGGUGGCGGCACCACAAUAUAUAGACUACGUUAUGACAUUUACGCAACGCACUGUUAGCGAUGAAACUAUAUUCCCUACAAAAUACGCGAAUGAGUUUCCAAGCUCAUUUGAGUCCAUAGUGCGUAAGAUCCUGCGGCUACUGUACCACGUGGUGGCACACAUUUACCACUGCCACUUCAGGGAGGUGGCGCUCUUGGGGUUGCACGCUCACCUCAAUUGUGUUUUCGCCCACCUCACGCUCCUCAAUCAACGCUUCAACCUUAUAGAUCCCAAGGAAACGGAAAUCCUGGGGGAUUUAGAGGCCGCUCUCUUGGGUGACUCGACAUCCGCGCCUUCGCAGACCUUAGCCAUCCAGGAGACUCCGACCACAACUACCACUACCACCACCACCACUACCACCACCUAGAUCGCGAUGCGUCGUAGCGAGCGAGCAGAGGUUGCAGUUCCUGAGACUAGGUGACGAUAGGCGAUUCGUUCGUUUGUUCGUUCGGUUUUCUUUCUCCUCUUUUCCUUUUUAUAGAUACUACGCGUAAAAGAAAGAAUACAGAUUGUGAUGCCGUCAGCAUGUUUGGCAGGAUCGAGGAUAGCUGGAGAGAGAGAGAGAGAGAGAGAGAGAGAGAGAGAGAGAGAGAGCGGCGAUUCUAUAAAAAAAAAGAAAAAAAAACAAGGAAAACGAUACCAGUAGUACCUGUAUAUAGCGAAGUGUGAACAAUUACAUGAUGUAAUUAGGUUCCUCCGUUUGUUGUUUGUGAGAUUGUACAUAAUUUAUUAAAUAGUAAGAUAUAUACGCGAGAGAGAGGGAGAGAAUGUGCGAGAGAAAGAGAGAGAGAGAAAGUGCGACAAAGAACGAGUAUUGAUUAUUAUUGACAAAGUUAGUUGCUAUAAGAGAUAAUUUGUUCUGUAAAAAAUGAAACAAUAAUAUUGUAAAGUUAAAAUAAUACCAAAUAUAUACCUGGUGUUAA